CCGUUUUAAUUUGUACGCAUGACGUUCGGUAAUUUGUAUAUAGCUUCGGACAUUGUCUCGGAGGUGCCUAGUCGCUCUUGGACCGUGUCAAUGUGCAUAUCAGUUCGUAUUUUAAAAUUUAAAUUUAAACUCAGUCUAGUCAGUAGCAUUCUUGUACUCAGUUAAAUCAGUGUCACAGUGAUCAAUAAUUAAUUCAAAAUGUGUUCGUUAAAUAGUAUUAUUGUUGCAAUUAUUCUGAUCAGCAUGGCAAUGGCAAAACAACUUAGAACACAAGAUGCUAUUGGUUUUCCUGAAGUGGAAGAGGAUCAGAAUUCUGUUAAUAAAGACAACCGGCAGCCUGUUUACAUUCCAUCGAUGUGUCCUGAUAGCGAACUGUACUACCCAGGAGACCAGAAAGACGACUGGAUUUGCGAUUGCAGACCAGCAUUCUUAUAUCACCCCAAAUCGGACACUUGUUGGCCAGCUUACAGAAAAGGCCCGUGCCAGGAUGGAGAGUACCUCGUGCUAAAACCAGAGUCGGCCAUACCCGUGUGUGAGAAGAACCCUUGCGCUGUUGAUACUUAUGUUCCGUACAAUGGAAGGUGUGAGCAGCUGGCCACCAUAGCUCCCUGCAGACACAUGUGGCCCAUCCCAGCCGCGCUCUCUGUCAAUGCCACCAACUUAGCUGUUACCUGCGAGAGGCUCAACCUAGAGUCCAGGUUCGGGGAAGACGCCAGCCCCAUGGUCCUUGUGCCAUGCCCGCCAGGCUGCAAAAGAAGUAUUAACGGCAAAUGUACUCCUGUAGUAGGAUAAUUAAGUUUAUUAAUUAUUUUUAAUAUCAUCUAUUUAUGAUUGUUACCUUAAAUUUUAUGACUAUAAAUAGCUUUUGUACCU